GUUAAUCAAGUGGUCCUCGAGUAUAAAAUCAAAAUUUAACAUUUUGGCGCCCUCACAAAUUUUGUCUUCUGUCCAUUGUUAUGGAACGUCGUUGUAUAGUUUGUGGACAAACGCCAACAUCUGGGUUUACCCAUCCGCACAAUAUGGCGGAAGCUGUCAAUUGGCAAAAUAUGCUAUCUUGUUUUGUCCCUGUCGAGACAUUGCUCCACCACUGUUGCGUUUGUAAUAAGCACAUCAAUCGUUCACAGGUGCAGCAAAGUCAAAAGCAGAAGGAAACCAGGGUCGACGAUCUGAUUGAGCAGCGGCGCGGCGUCACUUUCAACAAUUCGGACGCCGUUCUUUACUUUGGGGAGCAGGGCAAGGAAGCUCCACAUAGUUGCACUCAGUCUGUAAACGCAAUGCAGACGAACGAGCUGCAGACGGAAAACGGAAGCUCAGGCACAGUUGAAUCAGCACAAUUGUUGAACAAUUCAGAAACGUAUUACCGCUCCAACUAUGUUGAUACUGCGAUUUUCAAUAUCCAUCCGGGGCUCCCGAGCAAAGUAAAUAACGUGGCGGCCACAAAUCCGAGGGAAGAGGACAUGCUAGACAGUCCCUGGGCUACCAGACGAACUUCUGGCAAUGAGACAUAUGCCUCUCGAAAGAACAAUCAGUGCGUGUGUGGAUCCUCUUGUGAGACUAUCGACUCAAUAAACGCGGGAAAACAAGCUUUUGAGACCAAAAGAGCUGUUUGGAAACAUCCAAUUGCCACGAGUAGCAGUGCAGUAGCACCUUCAUGCAUAUGUGGAUCUAGUUGUCCAAGAGCCUUGACAGCCAAAAAGCCAAUGCUUAAUCCUCAACGAAUGGCUUGGCCUGCCGGGCAAUCGUUCGAUUCCUCAAGAGACGGUUCAAGCGGGUUUCCCGUUAACGUAUGUAACAAUCUGGAUGCACUGCAGAAACACAAACAACAUAUACAACAACAACUACAACAACAACUACAAAAACAACAACAGCGACAAAGGUCGCAGCAAAACCGACAAUGCCAAUGCUGUCUGACUUCUAGAGUUCGCGAUCAGGCAAUGCAAUGUCCAUCCCAGAAGUUUAAUCAAGUGCCAGCAGCACAGGAAGAUAAAUGUAUUUGUUGCCCCCAGAAUUGUAUUGACAACACUUCGUCGCGGAAUGAUCGCAAAGUCGAAACAGCUCCGAUGAGCUCAACAAUCCCGAACCAUAACUUGCAGCCGUACAAGUUUCAACAGAACCGGAAACCAACGACGGACAUGCCAAGCUCACCGCCAGUCAGUGUGCUAAUCAUGGGUGGCUCCAUGUUGCCCACGUACUGUAAUAAAACGAGUUUUAGAGCACAACCAUCUAAUAGCUCGGAAAUUUGUGUGCUGGAAUCGGACUUGACGCGAGAAGGAGCUGUCUUCCCAGACAUUGAUGAGCCCAAUUAUACAGUCUGUCGAGCGCUAGCUGAACCAACAAAUGACCCAAAUGGACUUUCCGAUCAGAACUCCACGGAAGUGUUACUUUUGGGCAUAGCUCAGCCCGAGAAAUUUCCAUGUUUUGAGCGUGAAGAAAACAAAUCUCUUUUGGCAAAGCUGGCUCAGCAGGUGGUCGAACAUAAUGCAGAAGCAACUGGGACCAGCAAGGAGCAAGAAAUACGCUUGGAUGAGCUCGAACGCCUAUUGACCCAACAGCGGCAACUGCAGCAGUCCAUUCAGGCUAAACUAAAGGAGCUCCAGGGCAGGAAAGCUCCUGCAACGCCUCGAAUGAGUGCGGGCAUCGCUACAAGGAACAGCAGGAUGCCACUCAUUCGAACCGGCCCGAACCCAACACGGCGAAUUCUACCAGCAAUGUCCAGCAACAAGACAAAAUGAGUGAGGGCGUAAAUCGCACUGUUUGAAUGUGUCCCCAACACGAAUGUCUAGACGAAAUCACAGUUACCAUAAAAUUUCAAAAAACUA